UCCGUCGAUCGGUGCGGCGGCGGCGGCUGUGGUGGAGCGGGCCAUGGAUGUGGGUGGCGGGCCGGUGUAGCGCCGCGCGGGGCAGGCGGGAGGCGACCGAGAGAGGCGGGGAUGGGGGCGCCGCAGCUGGAUGGUCGCGGUGGCCUGGGCUGCUGACCGCGUAGCCGGAGCCAGGAGUCGGCGGCGGCGGCGGCGGCGGCGAACGGGGCAGUGUGUCUUCUAAUUUGAAAGUCUUCCACGAAAACUUCAGUUUAAAAAAAUAAGUAAUGUCAUCAUCUGAUAUCUUAAAAGACUGAAAUGGGGGCUGUCAUUUUGAGGGCCCCAUGGUUAUGAAUGUGCUUCAGUUUCAUAAUGCCUCCUGCUAUGGCAGACAUCCUUGACAUCUGGGCAGUGGAUUCACAGUUAGCAUCUGAUGGCUCCAUACCUGUGGAUUUCCUUUUGCCCACUGGGAUUUAUAUUCAGUUGGAGGUUCCUCGGGAAGCUACCAUUUCCUAUAUUAAACAGAUAUUAUGGAAGCAAGUUCACAAUUACCCAAUGUUUAACCUCCUUAUGGAAAUUGACUCCUAUAUGUUUGCAUGUGUGAAUCAAACUGCUGUAUAUGAGGAACUUGAAGAUGAAACAAGAAGACUCUGUGAUGUCAGACCUUUUCUUCCAGUUCUCAAAUUAGUGACAAGAAGUUGUGACCCAGGGGAAAAAUUAGACUCAAAAAUUGGAGUCCUUAUAGGAAAAGGUCUACAUGAAUUUGAUGCACUGAAGGAUCCUGAAGUGAAUGAAUUCCGAAUAAAAAUGCGCAAAUUCAGUGAGGAAAAGAUUCAGUCGCUUGUGGGAUUGUCUUGGAUGGAUUGGCUAAAGCAGACAUAUCCACCAGAACAUGAACCAUCAAUCCUUGAAAACUUAGAAGAUAAACUAUAUGGAGGAAAGCUCAUUGUGGCUGUUCAUUUUGAAAAUUGUCAGGAUGUGUUUAGCUUUCAAAUAUCUCCUAAUAUGAAUCCUAUCAAAAUAAAUGAACUGGCAAUCCAAAAACGUUUGACUAUUCAUGGGAAAGAAGAUGAAGUUAGUCCCUAUGACUAUGUGUUGCAAGUCAGUGGGAGAGUAGAAUAUGUGUUUGGUGAUCACCCACUCAUUCAGUUCCAGUAUAUCCGGAAUUGUGUAAUGAACAGGACCUUGCCCCAUUUUAUGCUUGUGGAAUGUUUCAAGAUCAAGAAGAUGUAUGAACAGGAAAUGAUUGCCAUAGAGGCUGCCAUAAAUCGAAAUUCAUCAAACCUUCCUCUUCCUUUACCACCAAAGAAAAUGCGAAUUAUUUCUCAUGUUUGGGAAAAUAACAACCCUUUCCAGAUUGUCUUGGUUAAGGGAAAUAAACUUAACACAGAAGAAAGUGUAAAAGUUCAUGUCAGGGCUGGCCUUUUUCAUGGUACUGAACUCCUCUGUAAAACCAUUGUAAGCUCAGAGAUAUCAGGGAAAAAUGAUCACAUUUGGAAUGAACCACUGGAAUUUGAUAUAAAUACAUGUGACCUUCCACGAAUGGCUCGAUUAUGUUUUGCUGUUUAUGCAGUUUUGGAUAAAGUGAAAACGAAAAAGUCGACUAAAACUAUUAAUCCCUGUAAAUAUCAGACCAUCCGGAAAUCUGGGAAAGUGCAUUAUCCUGUAGCAUGGGUAAAUACGAUGGUUUUUGACUUUAAAGGACAGUUGCGAUCUGGAGACAUAAUAUUGCACAGCUGGUCUUCAUUUCCUGAUGAACUUGAAGAAAUGUUGAAUCCGAUGGGAACUGUUCAAACAAAUCCAUAUACUGAAAAUGCAACAGCUUUGCAUAUCAAAUUCCCAGAGAAUAAAAAACAACCUUAUUAUUAUCCUCCCUUUGAUAAGAUAAUCGAGAAGGCAGCUGAGAUUGCAAGCAGUGACAGUGCUAAUGUAUCAAGUCGAGGUGGAAAAAAGUUUCUUGCUGUACUGAAAGAAAUCUUGGACAGGGAUCCCUUGUCUCAGUUGUGUGAGAAUGAAAUGGAUCUUAUUUGGACUUUGCGACAAGAUUGCAGAGAGAAUUUCCCACAGUCACUGCCAAAAUUACUGCUGUCAAUCAAGUGGAAUAAACUUGAGGAUGUUGCUCAGCUUCAGGCACUACUUCAGAUUUGGCCUAAACUGCCCCCCCGGGAGGCCUUAGAGCUUCUAGAUUUCAACUAUCCAGAUCAGUACGUGCGAGAAUAUGCUGUGGACUGCCUGCGACAGAUGAGUGAUGAAGAACUCUCUCAAUAUCUUUUACAACUGGUGCAAGUUUUAAAAUAUGAGCCUUUUCUUGAUUGUGCCCUCUCUAGAUUCCUAUUAGAAAGAGCACUGGCUAAUCGCAGGAUAGGGCAGUUUCUAUUUUGGCACCUUAGGUCAGAAGUGCAUAUUCCUGCUGUCUCAGUACAAUUUGGUGUCAUCCUUGAAGCCUACUGCCGGGGAAGCGUAGGGCACAUGAAAGUGCUUUCCAAGCAGGUUGAAGCACUCAAUAAGUUAAAAACUUUAAAUAGUUUAAUCAAACUGAAUGCGAUGAAGCUAAACAGAGCCAAAGGGAAGGAGGCCAUGCAUACUUGUUUAAAACAGAAUGCUUACCGGGAAGCCCUCUCUGACCUGCAGUCGCCUCUGAAUCCAUGUGUUAUCCUCUCAGAACUCUAUGUUGAAAAGUGUAAAUACAUGGAUUCCAAAAUGAAGCCUUUGUGGCUCGUGUACAACAACAAAGUGUUUGGUGAGGAUUCAGUUGGAGUGAUUUUUAAAAAUGGUGAUGAUUUACGACAAGAUAUGUUGACACUCCAAAUGCUGCGCCUGAUGGAUUUACUUUGGAAAGAAGCUGGUCUGGAUCUUCGGAUGCUGCCUUAUGGCUGUUUAGCGACAGGAGACCGCUCUGGCCUCAUUGAAGUUGUGAGCACCUCUGAAACAAUUGCUGACAUUCAGCUGAACAGUAGCAAUGUGGCUGCUGCAGCAGCCUUCAACAAAGAUGCCCUUCUGAACUGGCUUAAAGAAUACAACUCUGGGGAUGACCUAGACCGAGCCAUUGAGGAGUUUACCUUGUCCUGUGCCGGCUACUGUGUAGCUUCUUAUGUCCUUGGGAUUGGUGAUAGACACAGUGACAACAUCAUGGUCAAAAAAACCGGCCAGCUCUUCCACAUUGACUUUGGACAUAUUCUUGGAAAUUUCAAGUCUAAAUUUGGCAUUAAAAGGGAACGGGUGCCUUUUAUUCUUACCUAUGAUUUCAUUCAUGUGAUUCAACAAGGAAAAACAGGAAACACAGAGAAGUUUGGCCGCUUCCGCCAGUGUUGUGAGGAUGCAUAUCUGAUUUUACGACGACACGGGAAUCUCUUCAUCACGCUUUUUGCACUGAUGUUGACUGCAGGGCUUCCUGAGCUCACAUCAGUCAAGGAUAUACAGUAUCUGAAGGACUCUCUUGCCUUAGGGAAGAGUGAAGAAGAAGCACUCAAGCAAUUUAAGCAAAAAUUUGAUGAGGCACUCAGGGAAAGCUGGACUACUAAAGUGAACUGGAUGGCCCACACAGUUCGGAAAGACUAUAGAUCUUAAUGAUCAGCCUUUGCUCCUAAUGUAUUUGUUGGUUUUGUUUAGUUUUCAAUUUGCACUUGCACUAAAUUGAACAUGACCCUGCCAGAGAUGUUAUAAAGGGAAUGAAAUCCUG